CCAAGGAUCCUUACAAGUGUAGCGUGUGGCCUCCGAGAAAGGGGUUUCAAAUUGGAAUUAAAAAUGUUCUCAAUAUCCCAUUAGUAAAACCUGAUAACAUUAUCUUGCCGCCAUUGCACCUAAAGUUGGGCUACAUGAAACAAUUUGUAAAACGACUCGACAAAAACAGCGAGUCAUUUCUGCACCUGGAAACAGUUUUUCCCAAACUAAGUGAUGCUAAAAUAAAAGAAGGCAUUUUCAUCGGACCCCAGAUUCGCAAGCUGAUGAUUGAUGAGAAUUUUGUCGAAAAACUGAACGAAGUAGAAAAGAGAGCAUGGCUGAGUUUUAUCUCUUUAUGUCAUAACUAUCUUGGAAAUGAAAGAAGUUCUAAUUAUAAGGAAGUGGUUCAAGAGUUUUUGGAAGCUUAUGGAGAAAUGGGAUGCAAAAUGUCAAUCAAGAUAAAUUUUUUGCACUCUCACUUGGAUUUCUUCCCGGAUAAUCUGGGUCAGUUUAGCGACGAGCAAG